AUGCGCUCAAACUCUUUCGGGUCAUCUGUGCCAUCCUCAUUGUCAUCCGAUCCCGCUUAUGUGGCAUACAACUGUCACGAUUUCCAACGGUGCCAUGACCAAUUGGUGAAUGCACGGAAUCAGUGCACGCUAAAUGAACUCGAGAAACGACGUCUGUCGGCGAAUCUUCGCUUGUGUGAGGCAACUCGAAACGCUGGUGUGUUCAGCGCUGAAUACACGAAUUCGAUGCUUCAACUUUUUCCUGAGUUAAGAACACCAAUAAAUCGACCAUUACGAACGCGUGCCGAGGCAUUUGCUGCCUUCAAUUUGGCGUUGAAUGCAUUUGCAAGGGGUAAUCGACGUACAGCCAUUCAACUUCUUCAAGCAAUCCUUGCCCUGAACGGUCUACCAGAUAAAUUAUUCUUUGUUGUGUCGUUGCUCGAAAUCGAAAUGAGUCUAACGUUGUGUCAACCGAAAUUGGCUCUGAAGCAAGUGUUACGUUUACGUGAUAAUCAAACUUGGCGACGUGCGCAAAUAACACAAAAAGAUUAUUUGGAUUGCUUGGAGUGUCGUAUAAGAUGCCGACUUGCACAGACCGCUUCACUUGUUGAUCACCUGCAAAAACCGCAGAUUUUGCAAUGGUGUUUACUGCAGUCUGAGUUGGAUAUGAAGAACGGUAACGCUUCGAGGGCACUGAGUCGACUCUUGAAAUUUCGACCAUCACUUCAAGACGAAGAGAGACGUUUGGUGGACAAUGCGAUUGGUUGCGUUUAUGCGUUAUCGUUGAAGAAGGCUGAGCUGGCCGAAUCGUAUUUUCGUUCAGCGAUGUUCAGCGAUAAAAAGAAAAGGAAAAGCUGGCAAGAAUCGACAAUUCCACGGCAUUGCCUGAUCUAUCAUGCCGCAUUGGCGCAGCUACAUUCUGGGCAAGCCGAGUCAGCGUUUCUUUUAUUUCUUUCCGUGGUGUCCUCAUAUCCAAGACAACCAAGAAUUUGGUUACGUCUAGCUGAAUGUUGCAUUCAUGCCCUCUCAAAGAUAAUCGGGUUUGGUAACCACCGUGCCCAAAGCAGCUCGCAGUCUGAUGACCGUUUGUCAGCCAACGAGAUAAGUUGGGAGUAUGCGGCACAAUGCAUUCGAAAUGCAUUGGUGCUGACAGGUGGUGAACGGGAUUGCGUAUAUCUCCUGCCAUGGCUGUAUGCAGCGUCGGCUUUCAUUAAUCUCAAUCUGGGAAGGUUCGGAUUGGCACUUUGGGCUGCGACUCAGUUGGCCGGCUUACCUCAAGUAUCACCUCAUCAUAAGUUAUUGGCCGUUCUUUUCAAGACUGAAGCACUGGUGCUGUUGGAUAGGCUACCAGAAGCAAUGGAAAGUUUAUCGCAAGCUGUCCCACUACAGUCAAUGCCCAGCACAAUAUCGGCUGUUAUCUACAAUCGUGCUCUGUUGCAAGCGUUGAGUGGAAAUCUACACAAGUCAUUGAAUACACUUUCUAUGUUGAGUGCGCAACGUGAUACUGUGGUACCUGCAGAAGCGAUUCCUCUAGAAGUGUAUUUGAAUAUUCGACUCGGAAAGGGUGCACAAGCGAGAAGGAUUAUUGAAGAGCAGUUGAAGCAGAUGAAUAAAGGAACAAUCUCUUGA